AUGGAGGCCGACUCAGCACACAAUCGCUAUCGCUCUCGCAUUCUUCGAGAAAUGAACGCAAACCGCGACAACCCAUUCAACUCCCCGCCUUCCUCGACCGGUUCACAUGGCACCGUCAGCCCGACAAUGACCUCCGUCUUCUCAGAACCAGACGGCGAAUCCACGCGCAGACUGAACGAAGACAUUGCUCGUAUUGUCGGCCCGACGGGCGGAAAGAUCCAAGUCGACUUGGAGGCUGCCCACCGCAAGUGGCCCGAAUUCUACGGCAAGCCCAAGGCUGCCGCCGAAGCGAAGCAGAACCACCCGGCCCCCAGGCAUUCGGGUUCUCUGCGUCACAAGGACACCGUCUCUCACAAGGCUAUUGUCCAGAAGUAUCUUUCCAACAUGGUCGACGACGACUCUACGGAAAUUACCUGGCAGGGUUCUAAGCGGACGCGCGCCGAAAUGCAGCCCCGCGUGGAGGAUAACGAGUCUGACAUGUCCGCCAACAUGUCCAAGUCGCCCUUCCGAUUCGAUAUCAACGCCGAUAGCUUCAAAUUCAACCCUCAACAACAAAUGGGUCGGAGCCCUCUGGCCAGAGGACACGCCCGCUCGACGUCUGGCAACUACAAGUCAACACGACGAUCCUCACAGGCCGCAAAGAGCGACCGACGGAAAUCAGACUUCCUAGCUCCCCCGACUCAUGCUACUCCAAAGCCAGCACCAAUCGAGAGCGCACCUACGAAUAACCCUACGCCGGUCACGUUCAAUACGAUUCGGAGCACGUUCCCGUCACCAGCGGCAACCGACAGCCCUGCCCAGAAUGGCGUCACGUCCCGCUCUUUCUUCAUGCCCGAUAUUUCCCACCUCAACGACUUUAUUUCUGGCAACUUGCGCUUCAAUGGUGCGGUGAAGAACGGUGUUCCUGUGUUCGUGAAGAAUGGACGGGUGCGUGACCGCAUCGAUACCAUGCCCCCGAACGACCACGCCGAGGUUGACGGCUUGGCCAUCCCCGAGGGCGAGGAGAGGAUCUUUGUGUCCAUGGAUAUGAUCCGAGACGAGAUACUCAACCUUCAGGAGCACGACGACUUGGUGCAGCAGCAUGCAGUCGAACUCGAGCAUCAAGUGGACCACCUUCAAAAGGAACUCAAGCGGCUCAAGGGCCGUAAGUCGAUCGACAGUGCUAUUGGUUCUCGAACCGCCUCCGAACCCGAAUCAGCCAGCGAGGAGCGCUUCCAGACAGAGAAGCUGAAGUUGGAGUCGCACGUCGCAUCACUACAGUCCCGUUUGGAUCAUGCCACCACCCGAAUCGGCGCUAACGAGGUCGAGAACAACACAAUUUCCCUUGAGCGAGACCGGGCUUUGAAAAAACUGCAAGAUGCUUGCGUGGAGAUUGGCGAUCUCAUGGAUAAACUCGAUGUCCAGGGGAAGGAGCUCCACGAGACCCAGGAGAAGUUGAACGCCACCUUGGAGAUCACCAACCAGCGAGAGGUGGUUCGUCACGAAAAGCAAAGCAACUUUGUUCGGCACACCGAGAACAAGUCGGGUCAGGCAGACAACCAUGUCCUCCGCCAGGAACAGGAAACUCUGCAGCAGGAACUGGAGUCUCUGCGAACCGACAACAACUCUUUACGUCGCGAACAGGAGUCACUCAUCAGCGAGAACAGAUCUCUGCGAGCCAACGCGCGUUCACUCAUGUCCGAGAACGAGGACCUCCGUCAAAGUACCGCCAAUGCUAAGGAGGACCUCGAGGCUGCCCGCGAUGAAGUUGAGGCACUGCAGGUCGAGCUGCAUACUAUGGAGCAGGAGAAGUCUACUCUCAAGGAAGACAACGAUAGCCUCGUUCGACACAACGAAAAGUACUUCAACGAGAACAAGAUCCUUCGCCGUGAGAACUCUGGGUUUGAGCGGAGCAUCCACGACCUUCACGACGAGAACAUGCACUUGAAAGAAGAGAUCGAAUUCCUCAAGCAACAACUCGACCAUUGCCGCCCUCUCGGGAAGACGGAAGACUUCUCGAUGCGCCUCGACAAGGAGGUCCGCGAUGAUGAUGAGACAGAAGAGAACAUGACCUCGGCGUUCUUUGUUCCGGACAUUACUAUUGACAGCACUCAGAACUCGGGGGUCGACGGCGCCACUGAAGGAAAGAAGAUCCGGAAGCCCGCAACACCAGGCAAGAAGACGAUCGAAGUCCAGGACACUACGGAGCAGACGGACCGCAGCAUCAAUGAGGUCGACAACACUUUCCAGAGCCAGCAGAGCUCUGUGGCAGCUGAGCCUCCUUCUAAGAGACGAGCCUCUACCUCGCGUCCCCAAGACUCCAACAGCCAGCAGAAGGUGUCGUUCUCUCUGCCCGAGCGCUCAGCAGCGUCGUCCAAGUCGAAGAGCACCAAAGCCUCUAAUGUCGCCAACAAGGGCAGCAAGAGAAGCAUCUCUGCUAACACGACGUCCAAGGCUUCUCUCAAGGGCAGCGCUGUUCCUGAUCUCGACCCAUUCCAGACGGAGGACGACGCCACCAUGCAGUCACCAGAGAAUACCCAGACGCAUUCCAUGGUGAUCGAUAUGAAGACGAUGAGCAAAAAGGAGUCGCGUACUAUCCGACAAGAAACAACGAACACUACUCGCAACCUGACCAGCCAAAGUCAGAGAACGCCAUCCAAGCCUGCCGUCAAGCCUUCCCAGAAUAAGUCGGUCACGAUCGACUUGAUCACUCAGGGCGGACUGGAGAACACGACUACUGAAAUGAAGGGCAACUGCCCUGCUCUGUCCUCGGACGCGCGUCGUGUGCUUGACAGCUUGGCUGGACACAGUUGUAAGAACUGCGUUGUGUGCACCCGGAUCAAGGCCCACCGAGGAACGGUUACUGCUGCCGAUGUCGCCGAGGGCAAGAAGCGGGUGAAGAUCUCCAGGCCCGUUGCUCCUUCGGACCAGUAUAAGCAGCUGGGCAUCUCAUCCGAGGACGCCACCAUGCGGCCUUCUCAGCCUCCAGGCAACGCCUUGGCUAAGGUCAUCAAGGGGCUCGAGGAUGAGUUGGAGCACAUGAAGAUGGAGCAUGCGAAGAUGCAGGCCCGAUACGACAGACACAACCCUGCACUUGCAGAGUCGAAGCGCAAGCAGCUCAAGAUCAACAUUGACGCAAACAUGAACGCGCGGGAGGUCAAGAAUGCCCAGAUAUACGCACUCUACGAUGUUUUGGAGGGCCAGAAACAGGUCGGACAGGAGAUGUCGGAAGAAGAGCUCGACAUGACUGUAUUUAGCAUUACGGGAUUAAGUGUCAGGGACAUUACAGAUCAGAUUACUUGGGAGGGCAUCCAGGGAUAG